CAAUGACAACAAAGCUGGUAUGGAAGGCCUUGACAGAGACAAAAUCAAUAAGAUCAUUCUUGAGGCUUCCAAGGGCUCCAAGUUUUAUGAGAACGAACUGAAGAAGGAGCGUCAGGUGAACCAGCGGAUUGAAAAGAUGAUGCAGCAAAAAGCUAAAAUUACUGAGCAGCAACUGCAGAAAGCACAAGCUGAGGUUUAUAAACUGUCCGCUGAACUGGAGAUGCGGCGAGAUUUGAGCCGCGUCAUAGUGCACGUAGACAUGGAUGCGUUUUAUGCCGCUGUGGAAAUGAGAGAUUGUCCAGAACUGAGGGACAAACCCAUGGCUGUGGGAUCUAUGAGUAUGCUGUCCACCUCCAACUACCAUGCGAGGAGGUUUGGUGUUCGUGCUGCCAUGCCUGGCUUCAUUGCCAAGAGGCUUUGUCCAAACCUUGUCAUCGUUCCAACCAACUUUGACAAAUACAGAGCAGUGAGUUCACAGGUGCGCGAGAUUUUUUCAGACUAUGAUCCACACUUCCUGCCUAUGAGCCUGGAUGAGGCCUAUUUGGACAUAACUGACCAUUUGGAGCAGAGAGAGCAUUGGCCUGCGUCCAGGCGUACAUAUCGCGUGUGUUCAUCCCAGACUGUGGAAGAGAGAGAAGGACAGAUGCUGGAAGCUGAAGAGGAGACUGAUAAUCUGUCCCCUGUCCUGUUUGAGGACAGUCCCACUGUGUCCCCGACUCUCCCUGAGCCAGCUGGUGAUGUGAUCGUGUUUGGCACUUGUGCAGAGGAGGCGGUUCGAGAGAUGCGGUUCCGCAUCGAACAGAAAACCACGCUCACCGCCAGUGCUGGUAUUGCACCCAACAUGAUGCUGGCUAAGGUAUGCAGUGAUAAAAAUAAACCGAAUGGCCAGUACAGAAUUCCAUCUGAACAUCAAGCUGUGAUGGACUUCACCAAAGACCUGCCUGUCCGAAAGGUGUCUGGCAUUGGAAAGGUCACUGAGAAAAUGCUGGGUUCUCUGGACAUAACCACAUGUGCCCAGCUUGGCCAGAAGAUGGCGCUAUUAUCCUUGCUCUUUUCAGAAACAUCUUGGCACCAUUUCCUGCAGAUAUCUCUUGGCCUUGGCUCCACACACAGAGAGAGGGAUUCAGAGAGAAAAAGCAUGAGCACAGAAAGGACGUUUUCAGAGAUGAGUGAUUUGGAGGAGCAGUAUGCGCUGUGUAGAGAACUUUGUGAAGACCUGGCCCAGGAUCUGCAGAGGGAAGGCCUCAAGGGUAAAACAGUUACCCUGAAGCUGAAGAAUGUGGACUUUGAAGUAAGAACAAGGGCUUUCACGUUGCAAUGUCCGGUCUGCACUACAGAGGAGAUCUUUGCAGCUGCUAAGGACCUCCUGAAAGCAGAGGUCGACCAUGUCAGCCCACAGCCCUUAAAACUGAGACUAAUGGGAGUUCGCGUCUCAAGCUUCAUCAAUGUCGAAGAGAAAAAGCCCUUACAGAAGAGCAUAGUUGGUUUCUUGCAGGCAGGAGGGUCUGAUCCUAACCAUUCACAGCGAUCAGCCCCUGUAUUCAGAACUGUUGCGGACAAAAGUUCAGAAUCUCCCCGGAAAGAGCUGUCAUCUGAAACAGGGGAACAAGAGGACAAGCCGAAGCACCAAAACAGAUGGGUGAUCGAUUCUGGUGGCUUCAGAGCCCCUCAGCAACAGUCUUUCUUUCAGAGGGUUCAGUCGCGAAGACUGGCAGAGGAGUCUGAACUCAAGGCCCGCGAGGAGAACGCGCAAACAUCAAACAGACCGACGGACACCAAACCAGUCACAAAUGCAGAUGCAUCUGGUCCGGAUAAAGCGGCAGAUACAAAAUCGUCAACAAACCAAGAAUCGUCUCCCGCUGCGUCCAUGCCGCAGUCCCUCACGUGUCCCGUGUGCUUCAGGCAGAUGGGGACCAUAGACCUCACGGCCCUCAACCGGCACAUCGACAAGUGCCUGUCCGAGAGUGUGACAGGUUGUGAAAAAACGAGCAUAGAUACGGGUCAGGAGAGAUGGAGUGAUGUGUGUGAAGAAAAGAAAGAUCAGGAGGAAGAGAACACAACCUCAUCAGAUUCAUGUCAUAGCAAAGCCACGCCCUCAACCUCAGAGGGAGAUAGAGCUUUGGUUCAAGAUCUCCCUUCUAAGGAUGACGGCGAAAAGCCAUCCACAAGCGUAUUAAACUCUGUGUCUUUCUCCACUGAAUUUGGAAGGGGUGGUCUUACGCCCUCACGUCCUAACCACGAUAGGAAUUCUAAUGACUGUGAUUCCCAUGCCUCCGAUCAUCUAAGUCAUGAAAGCAAACCUACCUCAGUAGCACCUCUCAAGAUGAAUUCAUCUAAUUCUGGAGGCGUUUUCUCACAGCACUCAAAAGGCACAGCUCUGACGUGCCCAGUGUGCUGUAAGCCGCAGGAAACCGACGACCUGUCGCUCUUCAACCGCCAUGUAGACGUAUGUCUCAAUCAGAGAGUGCUCCAGGAGCUCAGAGAAACAGACAGCCCUGCUAAUGGUAAUACUGAGGACCCUCAACACAUCCUGAAAUCUAGAGGGAAAAGCAAGAGAAAAGGGUCUUCACCUCCUCCUUCAAAGAAACCCAGAGCUGUGGGGACAAGACAUACUAUAGACAAGUUUUUCAGAGGGGGCUCCAGAUAA